CGCGGUCAAUUUAUCAAGUAAGAUCCAUGGGCUAGCUGCUGCUGCUGCUGCUUGGUUUGAUAUGAUGAAUAAAUGGACGAAUGAAGUGACGGUGAUGAAAUGAUGGCCGUGCCAAAUCCCAGCGCAAGAAAGCCACCAUGGGCUAUCCUCAGAUUCCCCAUAGGAACUUGGAGGAGCCACCCCUUCUCGACCAUCACCGUCAGAGUCCCCCCGUGGUACACGCCGCCGCCGCCGCCAUAUCGCCGCCCCCAAGAAGAGGAGGACCCGAUCCUCGCCACCAUCUCUCACGCCAUCAAAAGCGCCCCAGCAAGGCCCCUCGACGCCUCUCUCAGGAAGCUAAUUCCCUCCAUCAAACCCCGUCACGUCGUCCAUCUGAUCAACCUCAACCCCCACUCUCUCCACCCGCUUUCUCUCCUCUCCUUCUUCACAUGGCUCUCUUCUCGGCCCCCCUUCCGCCACACCCUCCACUCUUACUGCGCUAUGGCCUCCUUCCUCUCCGCCCGUCAAUUGCACUCCCAGGCUCAGGAUCUCAUCCGAUUCGUCGUCUCUCGAAAGGGGAAGGACUCCGCUGCUUCCGUUUUCGCGUCGUUUCUCGAAGCCACAGCCACCCACCAAUCCAAUUUCGUGUUCGAUGCUCUCAUGAACGCUUACGUUGAUUCUGGCUUUGUCUCUGACGCGAUUCAGUGCUUCCGUUUGGUCCGCAAGCACCGAAUUGGCGUCCCGUUUCAAGCCUGUGGCCGUCUUCUUGACCUGUUGAUGAAGUCGAAUUCGCCUGCGGCAGCUUGGGCGUUCUACUCGGAGAUUUUGGAUUGUGGGUACCCUCCUAAAGUGUGCAACUUUAACAUUCUGAUGCACAGCUUGUGCAAAGAAGGUAAAAUGAAAGAAGCCCAGUUGAUUUUUGAUCAAAUUGGGAAGUGGGGUUUGAGGCCUAGUGCUGUUAGUUUCAAUACGUUGAUAAAUGGUUACAGAAAAUUGGGGAAUUUGGAGGAAGGGUUUAGGUUAAAAAGGGUUAUGGAGGACAUAAAUGUUUCUCCCGAUGCCUAUACUUACAGUGUCUUGAUUAACGGAUUUUGCAAGGAUAGUAGGUUAGAUGAUGCAAACCAACUGUUUGAUGAAAUGUGUGACAGAGGAUUGGUGCCAAAUGAUGUUAUUUUUACUACUUUAAUUGAUGGGAACUGCAGGCAUGGAAGGGUUGGCUUUGCUGUGGAAAUGUAUCAUGAGAUGUUGAGGAAAGGUGUGAAACCUGAUUUAAUUAUGUACAACACCCUUCUCAAUGGCCUAUGCAAGAAUGGACAGUUGAGUGAUGCCAGAAACCUUGUUGACAUGAUGACUAGGAAGGGUUUGAAGCCUGAUAAGAUCACCUUCACUACACUUAUUGACGGAUUCUGCAAAGAGGGAGAUCUGGAUUCGGCGUUGGAGGUGCGGAAGGAAAUGGUUAAGGAAGGGAUCGAGCUAGAUAACGUGGCUUUCACCGCUCUUAUUUCCGGGUUUUGUGGAGAGGGACUAGUUAUUGAUGCAGAAAGGACACUAAGGGAGAUGUUGGUGGCGGGGAUGAGGCCCGAUGAUGCUACAUUUACCAUGGUCAUCGAUGUGUUCUGUAAGAAGGGUGAUAUAAAAAUGGGUUUCAAGUUGCUAAAGGAGAUGCAGAGUAAUGGGCGCAUCCCUGAUGUUGCAACCUAUAAUGUGCUUAUGAACGGGCUAUGCAAGCAAGGCCAGAUGAAAAAUGCUAAUAUGCUUUUAGAUGCAAUGCUUAAUCUUGGAGUGGCUCCAGACGAUAUUACAUACAACAUUUUACUGGAAGGGCAUAGCAAGCAUGGAAAAGCGGAGGACUUUGAUGAACUACGCAAUGAGAAAGGGCUAGUUCUUGAUUAUGCUGCUUAUAUAUCACUACUUGGUAGGUUCAAUAAAACCUCAAAAGGUCAUUAUUCUAAGAGAUAAAACUUGUGAUAUAUCUACAGGGCUAAAAGCCUCAGAUGUGUUGGCUAUCUUCCUUGCAAAUUCAAACAUUCAAAAGUAGUUUAUGGAGACAUUGGAUGGUUGGAUCUGAACUAUUAGUUAAAACUUGUAUAAGAAUGUUUGGUAUAUGUUUAAGGGCCAUUUCGAAAUAACAACCCCUGGUUUUGGAGAGGAACUUGAUGCUGCUGGGAAGGUCAUGGUAGAUGUUUAAGGGCAAUUUCAUUGUUGCUUGUAGGAUUCUCUUAAAGGGAUUCACAAAGAUGUUUUUUCAAGUUGCUGAAAUGACACCGAUUUUUGGUUUGCACCUAGUUCUGGAACCCUUCAAUGCCCAUAGAGACACAAGCCUUGAAAGUCCUCGAGCUAGUGUUGGGAGGCUGCGAUCUGGAGAUUUGCAUUGCCUGGGGUGAUUUUACAGAAUUUCAAGGAAAUGAGGAUGUUCCUAGCAACUCUGAAGACUGGGACAUGUGUUUAUAACACAAGAUAUACGGGGCUGUUCAGAGAACAAGUUAAUGUUCACAAUGUUGGCUGAUCUUGAUGCAUGCAAACGCAGACUAUACAUGCACAUGGUCGUGGUUUGUGGGUUGUGUUCGAAGGUUAAAAUACUUAUCAAAUUGUUCAAACAAGAUUCAUAGUUUUGCAACCUUGGAGGUGCCUGUUGAUUGGAUGGGCUACUGCCAGGUAUCAGUUGGAAUUCUAAGUUCAGGAGCCUUUGGAUGAUGGAUAGGGCGCCCAUAGUAAGAGAUUUUUCGUUUUGCAAGGGUUAAGAAACGGUAAUUAUACACAAUUUUUCCUUGCAUUUUUAUGAAGAAGUUAUUUUUAUAAUUUGAACCUGUUGAAUCACAAA